AUGCACGUUGGCGGCCUCGGAAUUAUAAAUAAACUUUUGAUUGAUGAAAAAGGGACAACAAUAGUUGUAGUUUUUGGGCUUCCGCCUGCUGGUGCUCAUGCAGAUGACCCGGUGCGGGCGUGUCUCACUGCGCUCGCUGUAAGCGACCUUCUGCGUAACCAGAACCUUCCGUCCAGUAUGGGUAUAGCCACUGGAAGACUGUUUUGUGGUGUUUACGGCCAAAAGGACAAAAGGGCCGAGUACGCGAUACUUGGUUCGACCGUCAACCUUAGUGCUCGACUCAUGUGCUUUACGACCAACACGAUAUUAGUAGAUGAAAUGACUUAUGAAAGGUCCAAGGACGUUCUUAUGUUUGAAAAGUGGAUGCCAAUAAAAUUAAAAGGUCUCGAUAAGGAUGUUCUCGUCUUUCGCCCUCUUCAAAAAAUUAAAGAGCGCACAGAGUUUACCAGCGCAAAGUAUAACCGCGACAACAACGUCCACAUCGGCAAUGAAGAAGAGAAAAUGCAUAUAACCAAAGCGUUGCAGGAUUUUAUAGAAGGAAAAUCUCUUAGAAAACGCAUUAUAGUUGUAAAGGGAAACGCAGGCAAUUAUUUAUUUUUAUUAAAGACAGAAUUUUUUAUUGCAUGA